CAAAAUAAAAAGAAAAAGACAACUCAAAAGUAUAUCUGUUUCUGAAAGCGGUUAGGACAUAGUUGCGUGAUAUGAAAACCAUACAUACGACGUAAAAGAAAAAUCAAACAUGGAAAUUUGUAAAUUUCUGAAACUAGUAUUAAAAAAAACUGAAAUGUAUCCCACGGUAGGAAGUAGGAACACGAUUAAGCGAGACGUAACAUAUCUAUUGACAAUCGUAACUUUAUAUAUAUGUAUAAAAUACAGUUUUCCAAAAAGAAAUACUAAAUAUAGUUUAACUUCAUAGAAAAAUACAAAAAAUAGUAUACUACCAUGAAUGGUGCACAAGAAACUUCCUCUCAACUUACUUUGUAUUCUUCUUUCUUAUAUUAAGUUUCUAUGUAAGUUUCAUCUUUUCCUAUCCGUCCUAAUCUCUUCUUGCAACUGCAACUUCCUCAGUUUUGCAUCUCCACCUAAAACUCCGUCCACAUUGACUAUAUAUAUAACCUUAUAACACAAUUCAUAUCUCCCACAUCUCUUCGAAAACAUUUACUUCAUUCAUUUGCUAAGCUUUUUAGUUUAAGAAUCUAACAAAAGUUAUGACUGCAAACCACUUGUACUGUCUUAUAACCAUGGAAAAGAGUUCCUUGUCCCAAUGCAAACACUCUUCUUCUUCUUCUUUCCUGGUGGAAUUUUUCCUGAUCGGUUUUUUCAGAUGGGUUUCUUUCGCUCAGAUCUUUUUCUCCAGGUUCUGUCAUCUUCCUCAACACCAGCAUUGUGUUUCGGAGAAGAAGAGCAAAGAUCUUGAAAUCCAGAGUUUGAUCAAAUAUGGUAAUGGUCUUUGUAUAGAAGAUGCAGAGAUGGUGAUGCAAAGCUUAGGACUUUUCACCGACCAAGAAAGCGAGGGACUUCAGAAACAUUACAGUUCAGAGGAACUAUCGAAUCUGUUUGAAGAGCAAGAACCGAGUUUGGAGGAAGUGAAGCAAGCUUUUGAUGUCUUUGAUGAAAACAGAGAUGGGUUUCUUGAUCCCAUAGAUCUGCAGAGAGUUUUGUCAAUCCUUGGUUUAAAGCAAGGAUCUAACCUUGAGAACUGCAGAAGAAUGAUCAGAUCAUUCGAUGGAAACAAAGAUGGAAGAAUCGAUUUCCAUGGAUUUGUGAAAUUCAUGGAGAACAACUUCUGCUGAAAUCAUAGUUUCUGGAGUAAGAAUCUAUCAACUUCUGUUUUUGUUAAUGUUGUUGUCGCAUUACCUUUUUGUAAAAUAUUACUAUAACUUUAAUAAUUAUCA